CAUCAGGUGGGCCGUCAGCUUGUUUGUCAUUCUAAGUUGUAUAAAAAAAAAAAACGUUAAAUAUUACUUAUAAUACAUAAAAAAAUUAGCAAACAAAAAAGCACCUAUUAGGUACAGGUCACAGGUUAAAGUAUGAUAUAAAGACAGAAAUUCCUUCUGUAAUAAAAUUUUGUUGUUUUCUACAUGUACCAUUCUGAGAAGGACAAAACUGUUGAUAAUAAAAUGAUGGAGAAAAGGACAAAAUUUGAAAUUUAUUAAAAAGUACAGUACAGUAGGCGCGGCAAGACCAUUGUAAAUGCAUACGUUUAUUACUUAGCAGGAAAUAAUUUGAAGAUAAUAUGACUUAAUAUAUUCUAUUGUACUAUAUGUUAGUCACCAAUAUUAUCUACAUUGAUAAUUAAUUAAAAUAAUUGUGAUACGACACAAAAUUGAUAUCAGUGUGAUCGUAGCGGUGUUGAAUUAAAAAUGGCGUUCAAUUUAUGUUAUUUUAUUGUUUGUAUAUUGUUUUAUUUCAUUGACAGAGUGAAUUGUGACAUUUUGUGCGAAGCAGGAUUUUGCUCUUCUUAUAGAGACGAAGUAGGAUGUAUAUCUCCGGUUGUGAACUGUCGCGCUAACAAUGCGACCCACAAAGGUAUAUGGCUGCCAUCGCCGACGCUAUGCAACUGUUGCGAGUAUUGCCUGCCGUUAUAUGGUGAAAACCACCACUGCAGUCUUGGCGGGCCUGGUACAGGAACCACCGUCGGUAGAUGUGGCGAUGGAUUAACCUGUGAGGCAGCUAGCAGCGGGGGCAGCUUCUGUACCAGAAUGGACACAGAGUGUCAUAGGGCGCAAGAUGAUUAUGACGACCGUUACACGAGAGGAGAGACAGGCGUGCUGGAAGAACGGCCGAACUGCGACGGGAAGGGGAACUACUCGACAUUCUCCUGUAUUCCUACACAGACAUGUUUCUGCCAGUCCGAAGCAGGCGAAAGAUUGUUCGGUGAAGUAUUAUAUUUGGGGACGCACACGAAACAAAAUAUGCAUUGUGGUUGUUCCCGUUUCCACGAAAGGAUGAGGAGAAGCAUCAGUCCUGGCGUUCGGCUACCGGUGAUUGGUCCUCGUUGUACGUCUGAUGGCAAUUUCAACCCUAUACAAUGUGUAAAUAACAUGUGUUAUUGUGUGGACACAAUCACAGGGGAGAUUUUGCAUGGACAUGGAAAGAUGAAGAUCGAUUUGAACGAGGAGCCCAUAGCUAAUUUGACUUGUUAUAACCGCAACUUAGACCUAUUUCCUGAGCAGUCCACCGGCGAACCGCCAUACAAUUACACAACUCCGUGCUUUAACAAAAUGAACGAGACGAUAAAUCUUAUUCUUAAGAGUGAAAAGGACGGAUAUAACAUGGAUUACUUCAAUACAAUCCCUGAGUGUCUACCAGACGGAACGUAUGGCAGGAUAGCUAGGACGCGUAAUGGAACGAAAAUCUGCGUGGACGAUCGUGGACAUCAAAUCGAUGGUUACGAAGCACUGCCAUAUACUCCUGAGUACAAUUCUAUGAAUUGCAAAUGUGCCGAGACAUCCCUCGUGAUGUCUAAAUCGACAGAGAAGCCAGUGUGCUGUAAAAAUGGCAACUUCAGAAGGAUUCAAUGUCGUCGGGGCCUUUGCAGGUGUGUGGAUUCUGACGGUCGCCAGGACGGCCCGGACGCGGCGGAUGUCACGACGUUGAAAUGUUACACUAGUGAUUGGAGGGAUUGUUAACUUUUUUUUAAUAAAAAAAAAAUUAUAAAAAUACGAAAAAAUAAAUCUACGAUCAACACCAAUACUGUAAUAUAAUAGGUAGAUAGGUAUAAUAUUUUAUUGAUAUUAUAUUAAAAUUAUUAAAGUACCUA